UCUUUUCAUCCGAGCGUCCAGAACCACCGAAAACGGGAUACUUGAAAGGACACGCUUCCCCCGUUUGUCAGGGAGAGGAGGAAGGGUGAGCAGUUUUUGGGUGUGCCGGAAUCCAAUCCUGCAACUGAGUCAGAAGUGAAGUUUGCAAAGGAAAGACUAUUGAUAUCGAUCGCGUUCAAGAAAUGAUCCGAUCCGAACAGAGAGAUAUUUUCCAUGUGAGUGACCGGGCUCCAGGCACUGUGUAGGUCAUCAUAGUGGAAAGCAAAUAGUAACAAAGCGCCCACUUCACAAGUCUCGAAGAAGGUUACAAAAAGGGACCUCCUCCUUUACUUUUCUUUUAUGCGUUCUGUUAAUACAGUUCAGACGUUCAGAAAACACGCUAUUAACCGGCUGAAAUAACCCCUAGAAAAAGCUUGCAAACAGUAUGAAUGCAUGAAACCAACAUAUCGUCUGAACUGUCCAUCUCCUCUGAAGGCGCUUGACGUUUGUGUGUUUUCCGCCGUCCCGCUAAAUGUUCCAGCCACAGAACAUACUACUAACAAUAGGGCUAUAUUUUUCACCUGAAAUUCAACAAUCAUUUAAUUUGUUUUUCAUCAAACAAAUGUAUCCUAUGCUGAUUCCAAACAUUUCGCUGUAUAUUCACCGUGCGUACAGAGUCAAAUCGUUGCGUUCGUUGACCAAGUUCGAACUCGCAAAGCACACGCACACUCUACUUCCUGAAGCGAGAGACGCUCGCACGAGUGCGUACGAUUUCACAUUGAGCAUCUCCUUUCGUUGGUCGCAGUGCGAAGGUUUCAACGAAGAGGGAAAUGCUUGUCGCACGGACACCGAAUCCUGACUCCGUUGUGACUGCAUUUGAAAAUGCGACGGCGCUCACAAGUGUUCCUCAGGCGUCAGCUCACCACUGCAUUCCAGUUCUGAACUCGAGAGACUGUUCGUACUUAGGAUACUUGUGUCGGGAAACAUCACAACACGCGCUGAGUUACUCUGACACACUAACAAAUCUGCGACUUUUCUUUGAACAAUGCGGUCAUAUGGUGCUGUCAACUGACAUAGUCGAGACGCCGCUGCCACUUCUCUCCCUUCUCUUCUCGUAACUGCCCGCCAGACAGGCAGCCCGCGAAAGAAUGCGCUUUUGAAACUUUGCCAACCAAUAGCGGAGCGCGCAAUGUCCUUCGGCCAAUGGGUAUCAACUAUGAUGCCUGACGGAGCCGCGAAGAGGGGGAGCUAUGGGGGCCGGGUAACGCCUUAUCAGCCUUCCACAUAAGCCGGGAUCCCGUAAGUGUCCCUCCAGACCCCGCCAGGUUGCCGAUGGAUAUCCAACUCUUCAAGUGAACAUCACUGGAAGUCCAGAGUAAGGUGGGCCAUGGGUCCGGCGUGGGAACAUCGACGACGAUCGUAACUGAAGUGUUCGGCGGAGCCAGGGCACGAUGAGCGCAGGGUACAAAGACUGACACGUGAUCUACUUGGGGCUUGAAAGAAGUACUGAAGAAAAAGCAAGUACUCGUUCAACCACCCAUCAACACGUGCCAACACAGCGAGGGCUCCCAGGGAGGUCACAUUCUUGCACACGGUUGUAACGCGCAAUAAGGUGGGCCAUGGGUCCGGCGUGGGAACAUCGAUGACGAUCGUAACUGAAGUGUUCGGCGGAGCCAGGGCACGAUAGCGCAGGGUACAAAGACUGACACGUGAUCUACCUGGGGCUUGAAAGAAGUACUGAAGAAAAAGAUACCCUGCACGUGUUGUGCUGCUCAAGUUGUUCAAGAUGUUGUGACUCUUUGCUUUGUUGUACGGAAUUUCUCGCUUCAUGUACAGAAAUAUGGCUUCGACAUCUGAAUCUGACGUUGACAUGGAAAGGUCGCCGCAGUGGGAAGACGUCAGGAAGGAAAUGCACGAAGCCAUUGCAGCGAAAGACGAGGCUCGUGUUCUAAAGUGCCUGGAUGCUGCACCUGCAUUGAAACUGUGGUUGGACCCUGUCACAGAUGAGUCAGCUCGUUACAGAGCUGUUAAAGAGAAAGCCAUCCGUAUACAUGGCCUCUUAGUCUCGCGGGAAUGUGGACUCAAAGACGACAAAGAAUCAUCGUGUUACAAAGGUCUCACACACAUCGAACGAGCUGAAAUUCGACGGCAACGAUAUUACACCACAGAUUGUGAGGACUCUUACAUCAACUAUUUGGAAAGCAAAUCACGGAGUCACAUCGAACGUGAUCACUUCAAAGGACGACUGGAGAAGAUGUUGAAGUAUCUCUCCAGCGAUGAAUUAAACAGGAAUAUUCUCAAAGUGGCUGCAAGAGCGCCACACCUGGAAAUAACGUUCGACUACAACAGUGAAGACGUUGAAGGGAUCACGGGAAGCUGCAGUAGAGGCGUCGCCGGCCUUACUUUCUACAAAGAACAAAGACUUUUCAUCGGGGGCCGUGCUGCAGAAGCCGAAGUCUGGGGAACACUUAUUCACGAGUUAUGUCAUAUGGCACUUUACCUAGUGUACAGGAACGAUGGCAAGCCAUAUUACAGCGACGAUACCGAGCGGGAAAAGCAAUACAAGAACAUCCUGAAUAACAUAAAACCCAGGCAAAAAGAUAUGAACCUUCUCAUCCAGCAAGCUUUUAUGAGCAAAAAGGAUGAAGAAGAAGAAUUGAUUGUACGGAUCCCCCACGUACUGGUUCAACAUGGUUGCGACGAAGGUCAUAGGAUUCUGGAACGGGAAGUACCGGAACUACUAAAGUUUUUCGAGGAACAUGUCAUCCCGGACAUGAGGGAAUACAUUCGGAAUGGAAUCCCAUCCAUAGACGUAGCACAGAUAGAAAAGGAAAACGCUAGACUGAACAAAGCUUUCAAAACUGACAAACUCAAAGUCCAAUUCGAGAAACCACUACAGAAGAGUGUCUGGAAAGAGGGGUCACUUCACGUAUUUACGGGUCCAGAACUGAGGCUUCUCGAAAUAAUGGUUCACAACGCUGUGAAAUCUACGGGAAGGCCAUACUUGUUUUUCGAAGCAAACCAAUAUGGCUCCACUCUGCGGGAUGUGCUACUAGAGUACAAAUGUGCAUUUGUGCUAGUAUCCGUCCAUCCAAACGAAGACGUCCGAAAGAUCAUUGAACUUCUCAGUAAAGUAUCCUGUGUCACUGGAUCAAAAGUCAUCUUGCUUGUGGAAGACAGUGGUAAAGACUACUUGGUGAAACAAGUGCAAGAAGAUGCGUUCUUUGCGGAGAGGCACAAAGUUCACAGGAUCGACGAAGCAAGUUUUGAGCAUGUUACGUAUAGCUGCAAAACAGAAGUUUUCGAAAAUUCCCGCCUAAAACUUCAAGGCCAAGACCUUUCUAAGCUUUCGAACGCAACGACUAUAGAUGCCUUCUUACGUUGCGUAGACACUGCGGUUUUCCUAAAGCUAUGUGAGUCGGGGAACAUUGACCUGGGACCUCCUCUUCAAGAACUAGAAGAACGUGUUCAGAACUAUUACGUGAAAAGACAGUACAGAAGAGCCGUGGAAAUUAACUUGAAGGAAUGCAAUCUAAAUGACCACAGUGAGGCUUUCGCACUUCUGGGCUGUCCACACAAUCAGGUCGCAACACUUCUACCUCCCGGUUGUGAGGCAAAGGCCAAGAAGGAUUUAAAGAAUUUCGAGAAAUUCGUACUCGUCCACGAGCCAUGUGACUACGAAGCUCUCCUGAAAGAUGGUCAUUUCCGAAACAAAGUAGUGCACCUGCUAAAGUUCGACGAACCUCAUAAGAGACUCUUGUGGACCAAAUCAAAUGGUCGUCUCAGUCACCUUCCAAUGACGGGAAGUGAGAGUUACACCGAGGACACGUUGUUGAAACUGAACGAGAAGGUUGUGUUGUCGAACGUAGAGGAGAAGGUUGUCAUUGUGUCUAGUGCACCAGGUAUGGGAAAGAGUACUCUAGCAAAGCGCUUGUGCACAGAAGUAAAAAAUCGAGAUACGAAGCGGUGGGCGAUGUACGUCGACCUUCCUCAGAGAAUGGCAUCUGUUAAAACAGCGUCGCCGAGUCAAGCGGAUAUGUGCAGAUAUCUCGCGGAUCUAUGCCAAGUACAGAAAGAUGGUGUAGAGUUCGCUUUGUUCGAGAAAAGUUUGAAGGACGGAAGCCCUUUCGAGAUUGUCGUCAUCUUGGAUGCCUUCGAUGAACUGAACGAGGAAUGCCGCAAGUGCGUCUUGGAGCUUACAUCGUCUCUAUCUGAAAAGAAAGCGUGCAAGAUAUAUAUGUUUACUCGUCCCGUAUUUAAGCGCCAUGCACAAGAUGCUCUGCACACGGUGUCAUAUGAACUCCUUUCUUUUUCAGCCGAAAAUCGGGCGGAGUUCAUUAGAAAAUAUGAGAGAACAGCUCAUUCAACCAAUGAAAACGAUGGAGCUUCCGAGCUGUUCCAGCGACUGCUCACGAACUUGAUAGAGACAAACGAGACAAUCCUAGAAACCCCUCUCCUGCUUCGUAUGAUCCUUGAAAUGAAGAAUGGGGAAAUUGCAGAGUCUGAUGAUUACUCUUCGUUACUUAAACGUGCAAACAUAUCAGCCGAUAAGAAUAAGAACUUAUAUAUUUUACACGUGUACAAGUUGUUUGUGUGGUACAAGCACCUUGUAUUCAGAAUUGAAAAAAGAAAAGAAAAUCUCCGCCUACACGCCGUACAAGAGGAGAAUGACUCCGCAGCGCUUCAGUUUUACGAAAACCAUAAACUCCUCGCUAUGAAGUGUAUAUUCCCUCAGGAAAAAUUGAAAUACUUAUUGAACAAAGACGAAUUAGAGAAUUUAGAGCCCGAAGGACGUUUAAUGAAGGACGCAGCUAAUAAUUGUCUCAAAGAAGGAUUUCUGAAUGGUCUGAACAACGGAAUUCCAGAGUUCGUUCAUAAGACAUUCGCUGAAUUCUUUGCAGCCGAUUACGUACUGCAAAAGGCGAAAGUAACAGAAAUUUUCGACGUGAGGGAUGUCAUUGUCGAUCUGUACCGUGAAGAAGAAUACAGCGGUGUAAUGAUGUUGUUCGACGCACUGGCAUCGGAGUCCUUUCCCCUUCACUCUGCUGUGAUGAACAAUGACGCUUCAUAUUUUGAGCAACGCGUUAUCCAAAGAGAGGAUAUGUUGAAAGUCGAUAAGCUCAAAAGGACGCCAUUGCACUUAGGAGCCCUGCAUUCUGAUCAAGCAACAUUGAAGAAGCUUCCGAUGGAUGAUGAGCUAAUCACGAAGGAUUUGUUUCAACUGUCACCGUUUGGAUACGCAGAGCUGCAGUCUCCAUGGGACGCAAAAUACGCAGGAGAGUGGAUGGAAUGCUUGCGGACUGAGACUUCGGCUGCGGGAGACAGACUCAACGUGUUAUCCGCUCGAUGCAGUGAGGAAGCAGUGAAACGUUCUACCGAAAAUCUACGCACAUGUGAAACCUUGGAGCAAAAGAGACAUUUUCUUGAACGAGCAAUAUUCACGGCUGUGAUACACGACCUACAAGGUGUUUUAGACGUGUAUCUGAGCUAUGUGUCCCCGAGAGAGAGUACAGGAGUACUAGACAGAGACACCAUGGACCAAUUAAAAUCACGCAAGGAACGAAGCUUGAGAUGUUCUGCAGAGCCUUCGCGAUAUGGAAAUUCUUGA